AUGAGGCUGUUUUGCAAAGGUUGCUGGUGUGACAACCCGUGGGCCGCAUGCGUAUGCUCGGUGACGUACCCACAAAGGCUCGACCCUUGCGUCCUCCAAACGGAACAGCAUAGGAAUUCUCAUAGGGAGUCCGUAGUCCCUAAGUCAUUGUUCGGCAUAAGUCUGGCGUAA